AACCUUUAAAUUGUUUUAAAAAAAUGUUGAUAAAAAUAAGUUGAAUACUUGGCGGCAGAAACCUACUUGAACAGAAGGUCUAGAUAACACAGGUGACUCAAAAAUCGAAAAACUCUAGCUUUGUUUACAAUUUAAAAAAAUCUCACUGUAUCAAUUUGUUUCAAGAGAGGGAUUCGAAAUAAUAAUGUGAAAUUGCUUAUUUCUUAAAUAAGGGUACUUACUGAGUGCGAAAUGGUCGACUUUAAGGGAAGGUGCGGAAAAUGCAGGAGAAACACUACAGCAAUUAAUCCCGGAUUGGUGUGCGCCAGCUGCCAUUUGGCUUUUCACGCAGACUGUCACUUACCCCCUAUGACAAUACGUGAGUUGAAAACGGUAGCUAUCACGGAUCCUCAAUGGGUGUGCAAAAAAUGCCAAAAGGAUCGAAAGGACAUCCCGGUGAUUAUGCGACCAAAAGAUGACCUCAUCGAUCUUUCGAUGAGGAUGGACAUGAUAAUCGAAGUGCGGGAGUUGCUAGAGCUGGCAGAACUGGCCUUAGACCAACUACAGGAGAAACAUGAUAAUUUAGUCAAACUGAACAAAUUUCUGCAGCAUGAGAACCUGAUACUAACAAAGCGGCUGAACAGGCUGGACGAAGCGUACAAAUUUAAGGUCGAAUUGCUUGAUCAAAUGACCAAACACAAAGCCACUCUCAAAGCAGAGGAAGCGGAAAAAUUAAAAUAUGAAGAUAAAAAAGAACCUACUGAAAAAAAAGAUUUAGAAGAGAAGAAAGAAGAAGAACUUGUUACAAAAGAUUUUACUACAUUUGCUAAGUAUGCAGGUCUUAACAAAAGUGAACGGGCUGCUUUUACUAUGCAAGGGCAUUUGAAAAAACUUUCCAAAACAUGGUUUACCCACCUGUGCCUGUUUCUCUGCGUUAUUAUAUACACUUGUGUUGGAGGACUCAUUUUCCAUUUAUUAGAAAAGGACAAGGAUUUGAGUGCAACUCCACACGGUAAAGAACAGUUGAUCACGGAAUACUCUUCUUUAUUAGCAGGGGAUUCGGACAAAAAUGUAACGUUGAAAAAGUUCGAAGGAGACGUGCGAUCCUUGCUUGUAUGGGAAGCCAAACUGCAACGAGGAGAAGAUGAACUUAAAUGGGGAUAUUUUGCGAGUGUUUUUUUCUGCGGGACCGUUUAUACAACCAUAGGUUACGGCCAUAUGUACCCAGAAACAGUUUUUGGGAAAAUAACGGUGAUCAUAUAUGCAACGAUAGGAAUUCCUCUCUUUUUACUCGCCCUCGCUGAUUUCGGUACUGCUCUUACUCGCUGGAUAAAAGGCAUGUGGAAUAUACUAUUGCGGUACAAUUGCAGUAAAUGUUGUAAGAAAAAGCUUAGCGACAGUGAGGAAAGACCAGUUAAUAAAGACGUUAAUUUGCCUGUAACGGUAGCGCUAGUGAUAGAACUAAUUUAUUUAGUAAUUGGUUCGGUUCUAUUCCACUUCUGGGAAGGAUGGUCAUUCCUCGAUUCUUUCUACUUUGUGUUCGAGUCUAUGGCAACCAUUGGGUACGGAGAUUUUGUCCCCAAAAAUCAAGUCUACUUAAUAUUUACCAUGUUUUACAUACUUAUUGGUCUGGCGUUAAGUUCUAUGACAAUUAACGUCGUGAGGGAAAAAAUGGUGGAGACUAUGAACAAAACGAGCGCCAAAAUUGGGCAGACGCUCGAAACGUAUGUGGACGAAUUGAGCACGGAAAUUUCCAGAACUGAAAGCUUGGGAUUAACUGAAGAAAAUAGGAGGUGGAGAAGGUCAACUGCCAAGUAGUUACGUGAUUUCCAGAGUUCAAUAAUAAUAUUAAUAAUUUAA